AAAUUAAAAUUGAUAACAUUUUAAUGAUUUCGUUGUCGUUUUUAGUAUUUUUACUUAGAAUCAGUUGCGGUUAGCUCUUACGGCCAUGACAGACGUUCUAAUUUGUGACCCAUUUAAUGAGAAAAAGGUGACAAAAGCAUCAAAAAGGAAUAAGCAACGAAAACAAGCCAAAAAUAAGCACAAAGGUGACGACUCGCCAGAACCUGUAUCGGGCAAUGACAGCUCGCUAGCUGGCCUACGUCAUCAGAUGGAACUUGCACAAAAACAAGAGGAUCACGUGCUAAUGAACAAAUUGCGGCAAAAAAUUUGGUUGUUGCAAGACGCUGCUGCUGGAGUUAAGUCAAACGUCUCGAAGGAAACGUUAGCUGCCAUUUUCCAAGACACAACAAACGUUAAGAAAACGAUAACGUUUGAAAGGCCUUUGAACGCGGAUGUUCCAACAUUAGAAGAUACAAAACGAGAGGUCUUGGAUAAAAAGAUGAGAAAACUGCAGAAGAAAAAACAGGACAUCCAGAAACUAAAAGAUCGACUUGGAAGCGGCGAGAAGCUCGAAAAAACGCAGCUUCUUAAAAUCGAGAGAGAAAGGGAACUUGAUGACGAAAUCGAUGACGUAGAAGACGAGCUAUUUCAAAUCCAGCAACAACAGCGACGUUAAGUUAAGUAACGUUGCGUUUAUUUGGUUGGAAAGACAGCGUUAUAAAAUGCGAAAUGAAUAAAUGAACGUACGGGCCAAGAGA